AUGGACACCAUGCUGACCUUCAUGGACGAUGUCCAUCUCCUCAAAGACCCCACUUUCCCGGUCGAGGAGAAAAGAAGGAUGCUGGACAUCCUCUUGGAUCACAUCAUACCCUACCGAUUCCGCUAUGAGCCUCGAGUCUACCCGGACCUCAGCUUCUAUGCAACGCUCCUGAACAACCGCGACGACUUCUUGGAGAUUUGGGCUUUGGUUGUGCGCUUCUACGCUUGGAUUUCCGUAGUGGCCAUCAAAAACUGGAGCAUGGCGGACGAGGCUGCGAACUGUUUGAUGGAGCUGAGACAGAGUCUUGGCUACGUCGACAUCUUCGCACAAUACUCCGACUUCGACCCGUUGUCUCUUGGAGAUUUGUCGCCGCUUUCAAUCUUCGACGAGACUCCGGGACCUGCUGGACAGGAAGAGCCUUCAAUAGCUUCGACAGCGGCGACCCGAAACGACAUUGCCGCAAGCGAUUCUGAAGAUCCUUGGCUGGCUGCAGAGCUGGAGAAGCCGGCCACCUUGGUUUAUGAGGGCGUCAUUCGCAACCUCGAUCACUUCCUCGAGGUCGACAAGGCAUACAAGCAAUACGUCAAGCGAAGACCUGGCCUCACUCCCGGAGAAGACUCGUCUUGGCCUCAGACCCCUGAGAAGACCCAGGACUACAUCCACACGAUGUACAACGCCAUCACCAAUAUGGAUGACUUCUUCGAGCUUCGGAGGGCUAAGCAACGACUGGCAAAGGUCGAGGCCAAGAAAGCAAACAACGGCCAAGAUACCACAGACGAUGGGUCGAGAAAGCGCAAGAGAACUGCAACGGGCAGACAGUCCCAAGGCCCACCCAAGGGUGUUCAGAAGUCAGACUGGGAGCUAUUGGACGAUACCAGCACCCCGGCCCAGCGCCUGAACAUCAUAACCCACCACCAGAUCAAGGACGUUGAGAUUGAGAUUCUCUGCUGGAGACUCCUGGUCGCAGCACAGGAUUGCCAGCGGGGCCAUACGAUGAAGCCUCUGUGGUCUGGGACACGUACAGUCUCUACCUGGGAUGAAUUCGAGACCUUUGGUCAGAGGUGGUCGGUGAUGUGCAAUGAGAUCCAGUUUGUUCGCUUCGCAAGCGCGCCAAAGAAGGAGCGUGAUGCGAAAUUGGCAAACGACAUGCUUAACGCGCGGCGCAAUGUCCAGAAUCAAAUCGGUCUGCAAGAGAUACAGAAGAGAACAGCCAACAAUGAGUGGACGACUGCAGAAGACUUCGAGAUCCGUACAAGAGAUGGAGAGCUUGUACAUGAGGGCAGCCGCCUUGGCGACAGGGAGAGAAGGGAGCUUGCGAGGAGAUAA